UGUUUUGGUCACGUGAGACUGGCGUCAUUUCCAACAUGGCGUCGGUCGGAGACUGCUCGGUGAGGAGGAGGCGUUUGGACCAGAGGAAGACAGAGGCGGACACGGAACCGAGCGGUCCGAACAGAACCAGAACCGGCGGAGACUCGGAGCUGGACCCGCCGGUGACUCUGCGGACCGGAACCUUCUGGCUCACGCGGCUCGUUCUGCUGCGCGCCACCGCCUUCAUCUACCUGGUGGCGUUCAUCGUGGCGUUCACGCAGAACAAGCAGCUGAUCGGCGAGCGCGGCCUGAUGCCCUGCAGGGACUACCUCAACAGUGUCAAGCGCUACGUUGGCGGGAAGAUCGGCGCCGCCGCCCUGGCCUACACGCCCUCCAUCCUCUGGCUGAUGGACUGGAGCCACAUGGACAGCAACCUGGACGGCAUCGCCGCGGUGGGGGCGGGGCUGUCGGGGUUCGUCCUGCUGACGGGGACGGCCAACAUGCUGAUUAUGGUCUGCCUGUGGGGGCUCUACCACUCACUGGUCAGUGUGGGGCAGCUGUGGUACUCGUUCGGUUGGGAGAGUCAGCUGCUGGAGACCGGCUUCCUGUCCAUCUUCCUGUGUCCUCUGUGGAGGCUGGAGCAGCUGCCCCCCCAGAACCCCCCCUCCAGCAUCAACAUCUGGACCUUCCGGUGGCUCAUCGUCCGCAUCAUGCUGGGAGCUGGUCUGAUAAAGAUCCGAGGAGACCAGUGCUGGAGGGACCUGACCUGCAUGGACUUCCACUACGAGACCCAGCCCGUCCCCAACCCGCUGUCCUACUACCUGCACCGCUCGCCCUGGUGGUUCCACCGCUUCGAGGUUCUGUCCAACCACUUCAUCGAGCUGGUCGCCCCCUUCUUCACCUUCCUGGGGAGGCGCAUGUGCAUGCUGAACGGAGCCGUGCAGAUUCUGUUCCAGGUGGCGCUGAUCCUGAGCGGGAACCUGAGUUUCCUGAACUGGCUGACCAUAGUUCCCAGCUUGGCGUGUUUCGACGACGCCUCCCUGAGUUUCCUGUUCGGUUCUGAAACCAAGCGGAAGGUUCUGCAGAUCCAGCAGGAGCACGCAGCCGGACGAGCCCCCAAACCCAGCGCAGGCGCGGUUGCCCGCCGGGCGCUCAACGUCUCUCUGGCCGUUCUGAUUGGUUACCUGAGCGUCCCCGUGGUAAUGAACCUGCUGAGCUCCAGACAGGUGAUGAACACCUCCUUCGACCCUCUGCGCAUCGUCAACACCUACGGGGCCUUCGGCAGUAUCACCAAAGAGCGAACGGAGGUGGUGUUCCAGGGCACCCUGAGCGCCGACCCCGCUGCCCCCGAGGCCGUGUGGGAGGAGUACCAGUUCCCUUGUAAGCCCGGAGACCUGCGGCAGCGGCCCUGCGUCAUCACGCCGUACCACUACCGGCUGGACUGGCUCAUGUGGUUCGCCGCCUUCCAGACCUACGAGCAGAGCGAGUGGGUCAUCCACAUCGCGGGCCGACUGCUCGCCAACGACAGCGCCGUCCUCUCAUUGGUCCAACACAACCCCUUCCAGGGCAGAGAGCCCCCCAGGUGGGUCCGGGGGGAACAUUUCAUCUACAGGUUCAGCCGGCCGGGCAGCGCCAGCGCCGCUCAGGGGAAGUGGUGGGUCCGGAAACGGAUCGGCGCCUACUUCCCCCCUGUCGACCUGGUCGGGCUCAGGAGCUACUUCCAGUCCCGGAACUGGCCCCACCCACACGUCCCGACCGGCAGGAACUGACCCGGAACCACGGCGGGGAAGAGGCGGGAGGGAGGAGAAACCGGCACCUCCCUCAGAAGGAGCAAGGAAGUGCAGUAGCUCCUCCUGAAGAUCCUUUACUGACCUCUGAGGUUCUGCACUCAUUCAGUUUACCAAUAAACAUCUGACAAGGAGACGUUCUGAACCAUAUCCAGACCGGUUCUGAACAACAUCCAGCCCGGUUCUGAACAACAUCCAGACCGGUUCUGAACAACAUCCAGACUGGUUCUGAACAACAUCCAGACCGGUUCUGAAGAUCCUUUUAAGGCAGAACCGUCCACACAGAUUCAAACAGACAGAAAAACCUUGUUAAGCUUUAAUAGCCUCAAAGUCUCGUUUAGAUUCUGCUAACGAGCUGCAGGAGAAACAUGGCCGACACUAAUGCAGCCUCAAACGCAGCUGAAGAAAAACUAAAAGUUCUUUACUUGAAGACAUCCUCAAAAGUAAUCAGAUUACCAGAAAGCUUCAGGAUUGGAGAAUCUUUCUGAAAUGUUUCAUCAGAAAAGAAAUAAAAAGUUCUCAAACA